CCUUAUUCUCAAAACCCAACUCAGAGAUACAAAAUGGUAUAUCAUACACUGCAUUUGAGGAACAAUGGGAAAAUAAUUCUGCUUUGAAAGUUGAUAAACUUGUAAACUCACUUUUGAGAAAAUGGCAUUUUAGUGUUUCGGUGAGAGCUCUUCUUCGUCUACACCCAUUCAGCAUCGUUCACACCCUCUUAAACUUUAUGCCCACCUAUCUUGUUUGCAUUCAGAGCGCUCGCUUGAUGCUCUGGCCGAUGAUUUGUUUACCUCUGGAUAACAUGAAAACAGCCUAACCAGCUCUGCUUACAACAAUUUCAUUGUUUUUUUGCCGAUGUUUACUGACACUGGCCAUAGUCAACGGGUAUUGUACACUUUAGCUUAAGACAUGUAGCUAGCUACCUAAGUAAACAAGGAACCUAGUUAGGUAAACAACGUGUACGAUCACACACAUCACGUUAGCUUAUGAACCAGCCACCUAACGUUAGCUAACGCUAGCUAACAGUACACUUUAGCUUGAAAUGAAACCACUUGGUCAAAAAUUUGAAACGUGUAAUAUCUGAAAAUGUAGCUAGCUAAUCUUACCCGUAUACAUCAUCAUGCAUGAUGGACGCGUCUCCCUGUCACCGAUCCAUGCUACAAAUGUCCUUAGUUUGAAGACGUAAUCUGAAAACAUGUGUUUUCCCAUCUCUUUAGCUAUCGUACUCUAUUUCCACUGAUUUCAAAACUCGAUCCUCCAGUGGAGAGCAACAUUUAUGCAGCUACAUACAAAAAAAGCCGCGUACAUCAGGAUUACCAACACAGAUUGACCAGCUGAAAUAGACAAAAGCGUUCAUUGAACCAAUUUUUAACUAGGCAAGUCGGUUAAGAACAAAUUCAUAUGCCUAGUUUCCUGAAUCAGUUCACAUUAGAGGCAUGUCAUAUAGGGAUACAGUAAUUUACCAGUCAAAAGUUUGAACACACCUACUCAUUCAAGGGUUUUUCUUUAUUUGUACUAUUUUCUACAUUGUAAAAUAAUUGUCAGACAUCAAAACUAUGAAAUAAUACAUAUGGAAUCAUGUAGUAACCAAAAAAAAUUGUUAAACACAUUAUUCAAAGUUCCAACUCCAACCCUUUGCCUUGAUGACAGUUUUGCACACUCUUGGCAUGCAUCUCUUUUAACAUUUGUCCUCAAAGAUCAACUGACAGCAUUUGAGCAACAUUACAUCUUAUUAAAAUCUGUUCAUAUACACCCCCAGGAAGAAUAUGACACGUUGUUUAUUUUGUUAUAUUUUCUGACAGGCGAGCACUUAGAUAUGGCCAUUUUCACGUUUUCAUAAAUUCUUAGAAUGUUUGGGAAUUACGUAAAAUACAGCUUUUGUGAAAAUUGUAUAGCAUUAGAGUGGGAAAGCGGCCGUAAGUUUGGACAAUUAAGACACUGCAGUCAAUAAAACCUAAUAAAAUCUUCUGUCUUGUCCAGGACCGGAGUCUAUGCAGACCGGUGAGCCAUAGCUAAUCAGGGCUACAGUAGGCAAAUAAGCCAUUUGUCACACAGGCCUGCCAUCAUUCACUUUUAACUGGACAGUGUGUUUACAGGAAGUUGCAACAGCAUGACUUUAGACCAUUAGAACACAUUCGCCAAAUGCCACAAAAUACACCUGAAUGGAUUUCUGCAUAUAUCUAAAUACCACGGGAGUUGUCUUAAAUUUGGGAACUUUACAGUUCUUUUGAUCAAACAACAUGAAAAGGACCAGAAGAAGAACUACAGAGCAGUGCAGUCCUGUGAGGAGGGGACUGGGGGGGCCUAUCUUGAGCCACUAGUUGCUAUGGCUCAGAAUGGAGGCAACAUGCACAACGUACUGGGGCCUGCCUGCAUCUUUCUACGCAAGGGCUUCGCUGAGAGCCGGCAGGCUGUACAAGAAGGAUAGAGAGCUGAGGCCGGAGGAGAUGGAUGAGUUGCGCGAGGCUUUUAAAGAGUUUGACAAAGACAAAGAUGGCUUCAUUGGCUGUAAAGACCUAGGCAACUGCAUGAGAACCAUGGGCUACAUGCCUACUGAGAUGGAGCUGAUAGAACUGAGCCAGCAGAUCAACAUGAACUUGGGAGGACAUGUGGACUUUGAGGACUUUGUGGAGUUGAUGGGGCCCAAACUUCUGGCUGAAACAGCAGAUAUGAUCGGGGUCAAGGAGCUAAGGGAUGCUUUCAAAGAGUUUGACACAAAUGGUGAUGGCCAGAUCAGCACAUCUGAACUCAGAGAAGCAAUGAAGAAACUUUUAGGUCAACAGGUUGGUCAUAGAGACCUAGAGGACAUCCUACGGGACAUUGACCUGAAUGGAGACGGCCAUGUCGACUUUGAAGAGUUUGUGCGCAUGAUGUCUCGCUGAGUGUAGGUCAUGAUACCGACUGGUUCCUUUCCUGGUAAGAGAGGAUGAGAAGGAGAAGAAUAAGUGAAGGAGAGGCAGAGAUGGCAGAGCCCUUACCGACAGACCUCUUACCUCAGACUUCUGAACUACAGAAGGAGAAAACGACAUAUCAACCCCGCUCUGCUACUGCCACAUCUGAAGACAUGCACAGAAGCUGAAGGAACAACAUCAGUGAUCAUGAUGAUGCUGUUACUGCUGUCUCUAAGAGCAAAACAGAACAACAGCCAGCCUCCCACAGUUUUACAUUGUACAUUUCAGAUAUUAGAGAAAACAUAUCUAGGUGUUUACAGGGUCUAAAGAGCAAUGUGAUGUUUGAGCUACUUACACUCAUUGCAAUGGUUGGUUAAUGCUGUAGCAAAGUAAAGGAGACACAUUUACAUUUUCAACACUUUCUUACUUAUGCCAACGUCUCCUAUAACUAGUCUAAAGCAGCAUAUUCCCCUCUGGGGCUUUGGACUCCAAAAAUAAACUUUUUAGUGGCAAUAUUAUUAUAUCAGUGUACCAACUCUCAAAAUAUGUAUUGUUUGUGUGUGCGUUCAUGUGUGUUUGUGCACCUCAAUUAUCCUUUCCUGUAAGAUUUCAUAUGUCUUAAGCUACUGUACAGUUAGCGUCAAACCCAUGGCAUAUGCUGGCUCUAUCUUGAAUUACAUGCCAUGUAUUACCACGGAUGCACUUUUUUAGAUUUUAUCAUUAUCAACACAUAUCGAGUUACAUUAUACGAGUUUUGAACAUAGAUGGGUACCUGCUUUGAUAAAUGGAAGGUCUGUUUCUUGAGAACCGAAUACUCUGGGGAAUGCGGUAGCAAUCAUAAUUAAUUGGUUUCUUCAGGCCAACCCAACACACAGUUUUGCACAUUGUUUUGCAUGAAUACUAAGAAUGCAUGCUCCACUUAUGAUUUAACCAGACACACUGUCACUCCCCAUACAAAUAAACAAUGUGCACCACAAACAAACAUAUACACAGUAUAUUAUUGUGGUGAUCAACAUAACACUGAAACCUGUGUGAGAAUGUGUGUGUGUGUGUGCAUUUAUGUACUGAUGAGAGUGUUUAUGUAUGAGUGCUUGUGUAUUUUGUUGUGCGAGUCUCCCUUAGGCAGUCUUAUUUGUGACUUUGCAUGUGUCUUCCUUGUGUGAUUCUAUGCAUGCCAAAUAGUAAACCAAUGUGUAGCAUAGUAGAUGAGAAUAAAGAUUUUUGUUG